AUGGAGUGGUGGAAGUUGGUGGUCAUAGCUGCUCAGAUACUGAGGGCUUUAGCUGACAACAGCCAUGGCCUCCAAGAACUUCCAGAGGUACAAUGUGGGGAGGAGAACAUGCAGAUCAUCGUGCCCCAGCACCUGAAGCAGAAUUCCACGAUGAAGGUUUUAAAUAAAGAUGGCAAAAUGGAGCCUCUGAGAAAUGACCCAUCUUGUGGUAUUUGGGUGACCAAGAAAUAUGAUGGUUCUGCAAUUGUUGGAAUUUCUUAUGAUGGCUGCUAUGUGUCUCAAACUGACACCCACUUUGUGUUUACUCUUGGGCUCACUAAGAAACAAAAUGGUGGAAAGAAAGUCACUGUGCGGAAGGAGAUGACUUGUGCUGUGGGAAUCUACCAUGACUCUCCAAUUCCAAGCCAGUGUGAUUCCAUCCUAAUGCCAGACAGACUGAGCUGUAUAAGUUCUCAGGACUCGUGUGCAACUAUGGGCUGCUGCUAUGAUCCUGCUGACAGUAUUACUCCAUGCUACUAUGGAAACCAAGUGACUGCCCGCUGCACAUCAGACGGCCUCUUCUCCAUUGCCCUUCCAAACACCUUGACUGUGCCCCCGCUGAACCUGACAUCUGUGCGACUGCUCCAAAAUGGUGGCCCAGAAUGUAAUCCAACAGCUAGCAAUGGCUAUUUCCUCCUCUACCAGUUCCCGAUUUCUGCUUGUGGAACCACCUACAAGCUGGUUGGGGACCAGGCAGUGUAUGAGAACCAGCUGGUGGCAUCCAAAACCUUGAUGACCUGGAACAGUAUAGCAAUAACCAGAGACUCCACCUUCAGAUUAUUGGUUCGCUGUAGUUUUGCAGUUAGCGGCUUACUCCCCUUGAAAGUGGAUGUAGUGACCCUACCACCCCCACCACCUGUGUCAAGUAUAGGACCUAUUAACUUUGAAUUGAGAAUCAGUUUAGAUUCCAGCUACAUCAAUUAUUAUACAGACUCGGAUUAUCCAGUGGUAAAAAUCCUGAGGGAUCCAGUGUAUGUGGAGGUCAGAAUCUUGCAGAGAAGUGACCCGAAUCUUGUCCUUGUCCUACACCAGUGCUGGUCCACGCCAUCUCCUGACCCUCUGAGCAGCAUCCAGUGGCCAAUACUUAUUGAUGGGUGUCCAUUCAUUGGUGACAACUACAUGUCUGAUGUGAUUCCUGUAGCUCCAGGUUCUGCUUUACCUUUCCCUUCUUAUUACUCGCGGUUUGAUGUGAUGACUUUUACCUUUGUGGAUCAGAACACCGAGAUGCCUCUUGCAGGACAGGUAUACAUUCACUGCAGCGCUUCUGCCUGUGUCCCCUCUGCAAUUGACAACUGCGCUACCGUGUGUAACAGACGUAAAAGAUCUGUCUAUAUGUUAAGCAAUAAGAGUGAUGUGGUGCUGGUAUCAUCAGAUGUUCCCAUCUACUUCGACAACUCUCUGCCAGAGAUGCAGAAUGACAGGGAAGACAUCUACGGAUUCAGAAUUUCCCAGCCGGGGGCUCUGAUAAACGGAGCAGCCAUAGCCAUGGGGUUUGUGGCAGUAGUUCUUCUGACCCUGACGACUUGGGCCCUGCACAGACAACGGAAAUCCAGGUCUCUACUGAUCAGCAAGUUACCUGUGACAGAAAAGACUGUAAAUAUCAAGACCAUCUUCAGCUAA